GCAAAAAAAUGAAGAACGGGCAAGUAAAAACAUGACUCAGCCCCUUCAUAAUGGAGCAGGCGAGAUAAGCAAUGCAGAUAAAUGCAAGAGGCAACUUGUGUGCAGCCGAUGCAGAAAAAGCUUCAGCAGUACUUUCAAACUUAUUGCUCACGAGAGAAUCCACACCGGAGCGAAACCGUAUAAAUGUCACCGUUGCGGGAAAAGCUUUGGCAAGAAAUCAAUUCUUGUUGCUCAUCAGAGAAUCCACCUGGAGCAGAAACCGUACCAAUGUCGCGUGUGUGGGAAGAGCUUUCGGCAGCUCUCAAGCCGCAUUGCCCACGAGCGAAUCCAUACCGAAGAAAAACCCUACGCCUGCCCGGACUGCGGGAGGAACUUCCGUCUGAAAUCUAGCUUGGUUGCCCACCAAAGAAUCCACACAGGAGAAAAACCUUACGGGUGCUCUGAAUGUGGGAGAAGCUUCAGCCAGAAAUCGGCUCUGAUUGCGCACGGGCGGACCCACAAAGGCGAGAAACCUUACCCUUGCUCGGUGUGCGGGAAAACUUUCAGCCAGAGCUCCAAUCUCAUUGCCCACGAGAGAAUCCACACCGGGGAAAAGCCCUACCCUUGUCCUCACUGUGGGAGGUGUUUCGCCUGCAGUUCCAGCCUCGUCCGGCAUCAGAGGAUCCACGUGGAAGACAAACCGUACGGAUGCGUGGUGUGCGGGAAAACCUUCCGCUGCAGUUCGAGCCUCAGCAGACACCGGCGGACCCACACGGGGGAGAAACCCCACGAAUGCCCCGAUUGUGGCAAAACCUUCAGCGUGAGCUCCCAACUCAGGGUGCACCGGAGGACCCAUACGGGAGAGAAGCCCUACGAAUGCUCCGAGUGUGGGAAAAACUUUAGCGUGAGAUCGAGCCUUAAAGCCCACCAGAGAAUGCACGCAGGUUCGAAGCCUUAUAAAUGUUCCGACUACUGUGGGAAAAGCUUCAUCCUGAGCUCCAACCUUAUUGCACACCAGCGAACUCACACGGGAGAAAAGCCGUACCGGUGCUCCGAAUGUGGCAAAUUCUUCAGCGUGAGUUCGCAGCUCCACGUCCAUCAGAGAACCCACACUGGGGAAAAACCGUACGGGUGUUCCCAUUGUAGCAAGAGCUUCACGUGUAACUCCGCCCUUAUUAGGCACCUGAGGAUCCACACCGGAGAGAAACCGUUUCAGUGCUCGGAGUGUGGGAAAAGGUUCAAUCUAAAUUCGAAUCUGAUCGUCCAUCAAAAAACACACACCGGAGACAAACCCCAUCAAUGUUCAGAGUGCGGAAAGGGCUUCCACCGGAAGAAAAACCUAGCGGUUCAUAAAAAGACUCACCCGAGGGAGAAACCCUAUAAAUGCUCAGAGUGCGAGAGAUUUUUCAGCUCCAGCUCAGCCAUCGCUCGGCAUCACAGGACUCACACAGGGGAGAGGCCUUAUACGUGCCUGGAGUGUGGGAAACACUUCCUUUACAGUUCAGACCUGAUUAGACACGGAAGGAAACACACGGGAGAGAAACCCUACCAGUGUGCCGAGUGUGGAAAACGUUUCCUCCGCAACACAAAGCUGAUUGUCCAUCGAAGGACGCAUACGGGAGAGAGGCCCUAUAAAUGCCUGGAGUGUGGGAAGUGUUUUACCGAGAGCGCUCAGGAGCUCCUAAUCCACGAAAGGAAUCACACAGGAGAGAAGCCCUAUCAAUGCCUGGAGUGCGGGAAGUGCUUUGUUUGUAACACGCAACUCAGCAUCCAUCGGAGAACCCACACCGGAGAGAGACCCUACAAAUGUCCAGAGUGCGAAAAAUGCUUCAAUCGGAAAGAAAAUCUUGCUAUCCAUCAGCGUACUCACACGGGGGAAAAGCCCUACAAGUGCUCAGAUUGUGGGAAGUGCUUCAGUUGGAACUCACAACUGGGUAGACACCAACGAGCUCACACUGGCGAGAGGCCCUUUGCUUGUCUGGAGUGUGGGAAACGCUUCCUUUGCAGUUCGGACCUGAUCAGGCACGGAAGAAAUCAUACAGGAGAGAAACCUUACAAGUGCUCGGAGUGUGGAAAGUGUUACAUUUGUAAUACCCAGCUGAGUAUACACCAGAGGACUCACACGGGGGAGAAACCCUAUAAAUGCUUGGAGUGUGGAAAAAGUUUCAGCGAGAAUAGCUCCCUCACUUCCCAUUACCGGAUCCAUACUGGAGAGAAACCUUUCCGGUGCCAGGUGUGUGGAAAGACCUUCAAGAGGAGAGAUAUCCUGAUUUCCCACCACCGGACUCACACGGGCGAGAAACCCUACGAAUGUUUCAAAUGCGGGAAAUGCUUCAGCGACAUCAAAUACCUCAGCUCCCAUAAAAAGAUCCACACGGGAGAGAAGCCGUACAAAUGCAAGGAGUGCGGGAAGGGCUUCAGUCAGAGCGCCAGCCUCACUUCCCAUUUCCGCAUCCACACGGGCGAGAAGCCGUACAAAUGCCCGACGUGCGGGAAGGGGUUCGCUCAGCAGUCCAACCUCAAUUCCCACCAGAUCAGUCACACCGGAGAGAAACCCUACGAAUGCCUGGAGUGCGGGAAGAGGUUCAGCCACGGGGCCAGCCUCACCCACCAUCAGCAGCUCCACACCGGGGAGAAGCCGUACGGAUGUCUGGAGUGCGGGAAGAGCUUCAGCAGUAGCAAAAAUCUCAUUUCCCAUCAAAGAAUCCACACCGGGGAGAAGCCGUACACCUGCUUGGAGUGCGGGAAGAGCUUCAGCCAGAAGGUGUACCUCAUCACUCACGAACGGAUCCACACGGGCGAGAAACCCUAUCAAUGCCUCGAGUGUGGGAAAAGCUUCACCAGCAGCAAAUACCUUCUUUCCCACCACAAGGUGCACACCGGGGAGAAACCGUACACCUGCUUGUCCUGCGGGAAGGGCUUUCGACGGAAGAUGCAACUUGCCACUCAUCAAAGGACUCACCAGGGAGAAACCCCAAAGCCGAACGUGGCCACGUCACAGGCCGAGCCGGAUCACAGACUGGAGAAGAAAUCGGAGGCCUGCCCCGAGGCCCAAAAAACCCCUUGUCCUCUUCAGGGUUCAAGCAGUGGAGAACCUGGUGAGACAGGGGUGCAGAGAGUCCUGAUCAAGAACAUGCCCGGUUCCGACGUGCAGCGAGAACACUUCCGGCAGUUUGCUUAUCAGGACGCUAAGGGUCCCCGAGAGCUUUGCAGCCAGCUCCACGAUCUUUGCCACCACUGGCUGAAGCCAGAGAAGCGCUCAAAGGCUGAGAUGCUAGACCUGGUGAUCCUCGAGCAAUUCCUGGCCGUCCUGCCCCCGGAGAUGAAGAACUGGGUGCGGGAAUGUAAAGCGGAGACCAGCUCCCAGGCGGUGGCCUUGGCCGAAGGCUUCUUGCUAAGCCAGGCGGAGGAGAAAAGGCAGCAGGUGAUGCUUGAGGAAGUCUCUGUGACUUUCACCGAGGAGGAGUGGGCGCUGCUGGAUCCGGACCAAAGAGCCCUACACAGGGAUGUGAUGGCAGAGAACAGUGGUAUUGCCUCCUCUUUGGGAAGUGACUGGCCAGAGAGUGAAAAUGGAGAAAUCUAUGAGCUAUUGUUCGGAAAAAUUGGAAGCGAAGAGGAGGACAAGCAGAGACUAGAAACUGAAGCCGGCAGAGUGAAGGAUGAAUCUCCGGGUUCUUACAACACCGAAUUCUACGAGCUUCCGGUCCGUGAAAAAAUAGAAGACGGGGUCGAAUGGAGCCAGUGCCUCCUGUGCGGCAAAGCCUUCAACUGCCAGUCGAGCCUGAUCACCCACUGGGAGAGCCACACCACCAAGAAGCCCUACAAAUGCCUGGAGUGUGGGAAGAGCUUCAGCACCAGGCAGUACCUGGGCUGCCACCAGCGCGUUCACACAGGGGAGAAGCCCUUCAAGUGCGCCAAGUGCGGGAAGAGCUUCAGCACGAGGCAAUACCUGGCUUGUCACCAGAGGAUCCACACCGGGGAGAAGCCCUUUAAGUGUCUGGAGUGCGGGGAGACCUUCUGCUGGGCCAACUCCCUGACCUUGCACCAGAUCGUCCACACGGGGGAGAAGCCGUUCAAAUGCCUGGUGUGCGGGAAAAGCUUCAGCAGGAGCACCAGCCUGUCCUCGCAUCAGAGGAUCCACACGGGGGAGAAGCCGUACAAAUGCUUAGAGUGCGGGAAGCGGUUCAUCCACAACACCAGCCUCACUUACCACCGGCAGCACCACACCGGCGUGAAGCCCUACAAGUGUCCGGAGUGUGGCAAGAGGUUCAGUCACCGGACGAGCCUGACCUACCACCAGCGGAGUCACACCGGCGUGAAACCGCACAGCUGCUUGGAGUGCGGGAAGAAUUUCAGUACCCGCCAAUACCUCAUGUCCCACCAGAGGAUCCACACGGGGGAGAAACCGUACAGGUGCGCCGAGUGCGGGAAGCGCUUCGUCCACAGCACCAGCCUCAGCUACCACCAGCGCCUUCACCGAGGGGAGGAGCCCUUUCAGUGUUUGGACUGUGGGAAAGGUUUCAUUACGCGCCAGUGCCUGACGUCGCACCGCAGAAUCCACACGGGGGAAGAACCCUUCAAAUGCCUGGAGUGCGGGAAGACCUUCCGAAGACGCACGAGCCUUAUUUCCCACCAGAGUAUCCACCUGGGAGAGAAGCCGUACAAAUGCCUGGAGUGCGGAAAGAGCUUCACCACGAGCAAAUACAUCCUUUCCCAUCAGAGGAUCCACACUGGGGAGAAACCUUACAAAUGCUUAGAGUGCGGACAGACCUUCUGUUGGGCUAAUUCCCUCACCUUGCACCAGAUCACGCACACGGGAGAGAAACCCUUCAAAUGCAUGGAGUGCGGGAAAAGUUUCAGCCGAGGCACCAGCCUUACCUCGCAUCAGAGGAUCCACACUGGCGAGAAGCCGUACAAAUGCUUAGUGUGCGGGAAGAACUUCAGCACAAACAGGUACCUGACUUGCCAUCAGCGCAUCCACAUUGUGGAUAAAGCUUAUAAAUGCCUGGUGUGCGGGAAGAGCUUUAGUACCAGCAAAUACCUCAGCUGCCAUCAAAGAAUUCACACCGGAGAGAAGCCAUUUAAAUGCCUGGAAUGUGGAAAGAGCUUCUGUUGGGCCUAUUCCCUUACUUUACAUCAAAGAAUCCACACUGGUGAAGAUGGGUUUAAGUGCUAG